GUGUUUUUCAUACAAUCAAGCAGUUUAUGAUUGCAACUGGUACAGCAGCAGUCGGAGAUUCAAGCAAUGCGUGAUAAUAAUGAUGAGUAGAAUGGGAAGGCCUGUCUAUUUGACUAUCGGAAAAUUCUUUCCACUGACGCUUGGUACCUUUGUGGCGGUUACAAGGAUAGCUUUCUCCUCUGCAACUGUCUUAAAAGCUGUUAACUAAUAGUGCAACUUUGUGUAUAAUGUAUCUUUCUCCUGACAAUAAAGUGAAAC